GGGAGUCGUGGCCGCGCCCCGGCGCAUGCGCAGAGAGGCCCGGGCAGCAGGCCCAUGGAGCCCGACGGGACGUACGAGCCGGGCUUCGUGGGCAUCCGCUUCUGCCAGGAAUGCAACAACAUGCUGUACCCGAAGGAGGACAAGGAGAACCGCAUCCUGCUGUACGCGUGCCGGAACUGUGACUACCAGCAAGAGGCCGACAACAGCUGCAUCUACGUCAACAAGAUCACCCAUGAGGUGGAUGAGCUGACCCAGAUCAUCGCGGAUGUCUCCCAGGAUCCCACGCUGCCCCGGACCGAGGACCAUCCUUGCCAAAAGUGCGGCCACAAGGAGGCGGUCUUCUUCCAGUCCCACAGCGCCCGGGCCGAGGAUGCCAUGCGGCUCUACUACGUCUGCACUGCUCCCCACUGCGGCCACCGCUGGACCGAGUGACCCGGGACCUUCCCCUUCGCAGUCGUCUCCCCUUCCCCGUCUGUGUCGUUAGGAUUGCUAAUAAAUGGGGUUUUUUUUUUAAAAAAAAAAAA